AUUCGUGCCUUUAUACUCGUUGUGUUUACCCAGAAAAUACUUAUCAGACCCUGAAUAUCACAUUAAAAUAUACACAUAACACAUAUACACAUAUGUUUUACAAAAUGCAAUAUAAAGGAAUAACAAAUAUUCCAGUUAAACUAUUUUGAAUAAAUCCUUAAAUACGAAAUAUAAGAUACUUAAAUUGACUUUUAGUCAUCACAGUCGAAGAUAGCAUACCAUCACUGAUGGGAUCACAAGCUUCAUCGUGAGUAAAAGAUAGUUGUAAUCACACAACUUACCUCAUGACUGUUUAUCACAAACACAAAAACAUGGUUUAUCAGGGAAUGUUUCCACUAAGCCUGCACAUUGCUGAAUAUGUGUAUAUUAUUUAUGGGCACAAUAUACUAGGCCUAUAACAUGGGUCAGCAGGGGUGGUAUACAGACUUAGAAUGGCCCUUGGGUUUACUUUUAUCUUGCAAUAUAAUCCCAAAAUUCAGAACAAUCAUAUUGCAUCUCAUUUCCAAAUAAUUCUUUAUGCUGCCUGCGCUCCUAGCUGGCCUCCAACAUACAUAACGUAGUAUAUGUGCAAUUCAAGACACGCUGUUCUACAAUUAUGAACAUGCCAAAAUAUGACUUUUAAUUAUGUAUCCUCCAUUCUUUUUUACCAUAAAGAAGAGACCUUUGCUGUUUGAGGGGAUGUUUCGUGUCUAUUGAGAUGAUCUUUCAGACUUUAGUCUGGGUCACCAAGAUAACAAGCAACUCAUUGACAUCGCCAUCAGCAAUGUGACUGAAAGACUCUUUUCUAUGCCACAAAAGAAAGGGUGAUGGUCACACAUACACUAACUAUAAUAUUACUUGAAGUACAUCAAUUGCACAAAUCUUCACUAAAAUAGUUUAAUUUAUUGGAUCUGUUAUAACUUAUAAUUUAUAAUCCACCCAUGCAUAUUAUUAAUAAUAACUGGAAGAAGAUGAUCGUGUCACUCACACACAGCCUGAAUAAACAUGUACUUGUGUCCCUUCUUCUUGCGCAUGCGUCAUGCAGAGUACCAGAUGGCCCAAUCAGGUAUUUUAACACACGCCAAAAAAUCCGAAUGUGACUUCCAGAAGAUGGCGACCGCUCUGGUGUUAACUUCAGUUCCUGCUAAUCCUGAAAAGGAAAACUGUGAAACAAUCAUUCAAAAAGUUCCGAGUCCUGAAUCCUACAUCAAGCAUCCACUACAAAACAAGUGGGCUCUUUGGUUUUUCAAGAACGACAAAAGCAAAACAUGGCAAGCCAACCUCCGCCUCAUAUCCAAAUUUGACACUGUGGAAGACUUCUGGGCAUUAUACAAUCACAUUCAGCUCUCGAGUAACUUGAUGUCUGGCUGUGACUACUCGCUGUUUAAGGAUGGGAUUGAGCCCAUGUGGGAGGAUGGACAGAAUCGACGAGGUGGCCGCUGGCUGAUAACUCUGUCAAAGCAGCAGCGUAGAGCAGACCUGGAUCGCUUCUGGUUGGAGACGCUCCUGUGUCUUGUGGGUGAAGCGUUCGAUGACCACAGCGACGACGUGUGCGGCGCCGUCAUUAACGUCCGAGCCAAAGGAGAUAAAAUAGCGAUAUGGACCACAGACUACGAAAACAAAGAUGCCAUCACACACAUAGGGCGCGUGUAUAAAGAGAGAUUAGGCGUUCCGCAGAAAGUGAUCAUCGGAUACCAGUCGCACGCAGACACGGCCACAAAGAGCAGCUCCUCAACCAAGAACAAGUUUGUCGCCUGAGGACCGUUGACCAUGCCUUGUUUUCUGUUGCCAGCAUAGAUUUUCUGUAAGUUUUCAGUGAAUGUAACCGACAGGUUUAUCCACUAACAAACACUGGAGGUGGAGAUAAAAAUUGCUUCCUUUCCAUUUGUUGCCACUUUACCAAAGCUUUUGUUUGUGUUGAGGGUAUGUGCAGUUCCAAUGUAGCACUAUCGUCUGAGAACUUCAUUAUUUUCGUGGUGGUGGGCUGAAGAUGGGUAAAAGAUGUUUUGAUGCCCAUUUCAUUGUCAAAUGCAGCUGCAUAUUUGUGGAGAAUUUAUUUAAUUUAUCCUUCCCUUAUUGUAUGUCUACUCUUUUCUUAACGCACAUAUUAAAGGCAAAACACAAAGUAAACCAUUUUGUAAUUUAGUAUAAACUGAAGCUCUUUGUUAGUCGGUUUACUAUAUUAAAGUUUCUUUUUUUUUGGUGGAAUUUUUAACCAUGCUUUGUGAUUUAAUCCCCAUCUUCCCAAAAUGGACAGAAAUGACAAAACAAAUUGAUAGAAGUUUAAACAUAGUUGUGCAGUUGUUUUUCAUUUUGACAAAUUAAGUCAAAGAGGAGGACUAAGUUCAAAACUGUUUAGUUUCUUGUUAAUCAGCUUGUGCGUUGUGUUAUGUGAAGAUGAAAUUAAGAUUUGAAGAGCAGGGAAUUUAUUUUAAAGAUACUGGUGCUUCAUAAUGAAUAUUUAGAAGCUGCAUUAUUUGCUACUCAAGCGUUCACACCAGAAUGGAUCAGCAGCAUCGUCACUUUGUACCUCAGAAUAUGCGAGCCAUUCAUACCCGAGCCGCUGAUAUACUGUUUCUCUUAAACACAGGUUUAAGAGAAGUUUGAGUUUACGUGCACGUAAAAAGAUGUCUGUGACAACCUUUUGUAUUACAGUAUGUCUUCAAUGAGGAUAUUUUCCAAAUAUACAUAUUGUUGGUUGGCUAUUUCCUUUUUCUUGUAAAUGCGCAUUCCAUAUUAGUGUACAGUAUAUAAGUAAAAAAAGUUGACUUGCCUGUUUGGUACAAGUUUUGUUGAUCUACUGCUUUUGAAGAAGUUUACACAGUAUAAUUAUUUUCAUUCCAGAUUUUGUGGCAUAUGUAAAAAUGUAAUUGUUUGGAGGUAUUGGGCUGUGCCUUGAAUGUAACACCGUACCCUGUAUGUCUCAGCAGUAAUGUACAAAUAAAACAUGCACAGUCAA